GGGAAGUUGCUUCCCGGGGAGGGGACGACAAUCACCCGAGGACCAGCCCGGACGCCAGUUCAAUAUGGAACAAAGCAGUGAAGGAUGUACAAAAAUGAUGAACAAUGUGAAUAUUGACAAACUUAUAAAGGAUUUCUUACAGAUAGAAAAGAAAAUUAUAGAAACCAGUGGAAAGAACAGCAUACUAGAGCUUCAGUUGGAAAAGACAACCUGUUUAUUAAAAGUAAUCCAGACAAAGGAAGUCUCAUUUAAAAAAGAAUGUACUGCUCUUCAUGAUAUGCUAAAAGGGCUACAACAGACUAUUGAAUAUCAACACAAUUUGAAAGGUGAAAAUGAACAACUAAAAAGAAAUGCUGAUAUGAUAAAUGAAAAGCUAAAAUCUCUAGAACAGGAACAUAAAAAUAAUAUCACCAAACUUGCAAAUGAAAUCAAAAUCAAAGAGGAGGAACAUAAGAAAGAAAUAAGCAGACUUUAUCAAGAUAUGCAGAGAAAAGUUGAAUUAAGUGAAGAAAAGCACAAAGAUCUAAUAAAGAAAAAAGAGAUGGAAAUUUCAGAAGACUUUGGCAUUCCUGGAGUGCCUCAUGAGGUAUCAUGUGGAAUCACUGUAAUCAUAACGGGAGUUAUGUUGACUUUAGAAUUUCUGCUGCUUCUGCUCCUUCUGGCCAAGUCUACCCACAAACUAAAGAGAAGGCUAGAUGACCAGAUGAAGAACAAUAGACCAGGUUUCAACAUCUACUACCAAGUUCUUCUGAUUGGAAACUUGCAUUUUGUUUGUUAUCUGGCCUUGUCACUGGUGUAA